AUGAUAGCUCAACUGGCAAGUACCGAUCAAAGCUUUAUUGAAGCCUGGCUGUCCGUUCUAGUCUCUUCUGGGGCAUGUAUUGUGGGUGCUUCGAUUGUAUUUGUGGACAACUUUUGGCCGGCCUCGCACCCAUCUGUUCUUAAUAACCCCAGUUUUCUGUCGGCUGCUUUGGCAUUAGCCUCGGGUGUUCUCUUGUUUUCUUCUCUGUCAACCUUACUGCCGGCCUCUCGUGCUCAUCUCAAGAAUGAUUUUUUUGUGUACGCGAGUUAUUUCCUAGGUGUCUGCCUGACCUUGACACUUACGUACGUCAUUCAGUUUAUUGCACCGGAUGCAAUUCAUUCUUGCCAUGGUGAGACAGACAGCAAGGCUAAUGAGGAAACUGGUCUGAAUGGAUCGCAUUCGAACACAAGAACUAAGAGCCAAAAGAUAAAGUCAGGUGGCACUUAUGGAAUAAUGACGACUGAGAUUAUAUCACAGCAACAAGAGCGAGAAGAAGAAGAAGAAGAAGAAGAAGAAGAAGAAGAAGAAGAAGAUGAACAAAAGAUGGCGCGUGAAUAUUUUACAACUGGGAUACAAACAGCUACGGCUAUUGUGGUGCACAAGUUUCCAGAGGGGUUGAUUAUGUUUGUAUCUAGUCAAGCAUCUCCUCAACUGGGGUUGAAUGUUGCGAUUGCGGUCUGUAUUCAUAAUCUGAUCGAGGGGUUUAUGAUUGCCUUGCCUCUCUAUCUUGCCACCCAAUCUCGCCGGUCUGCAUUCGGAUAUGCAGCACUCUUGGGUGGACUAUCACAACCGAUCGGAGCACUGGUGGGAAUGAUGGCCAUCCAUGGUGUGAAUGAGGAAAAGGAAGAUUGUGUUUUUGGGAUAAUUUUUGGGGUUGUGAGUGGGAUGAUGUCGUUUAUUGCAGUUCAAAGUAUGCUGCCACAGGCUAUCAAACUAGACACAGAUCACCGUUUUGUUGCGCCUUUUUUCUUUAUCGGUAUCUUUUUGAUCGGUUUAGCUUCGUUGCUCAAGACAGCAUCAACACCAGCAGCGGGAUGA